AUGCGAACUCUGCAUAGGAGAGGCAUGUCGUCGCGGUCGUUGCGUGUCGAUCGAUCAAAUCUCCUCGUCGUCACGGCCGUCGCGUGCCAAUCGAUCAGAUCUCCUAGCCCUCGUCGUCGCUGCCUGGCGAGUUCUGGUGGCGGAGUGGCUAUGGUUGGCAAAGUGAUGGAGGGAGCCAAUUGGGCGAUGAUAAGAGCUUGGAUUUUCUUUCUCCUUCUCCUCCUCUUCGUGUGUGGGUCUGUGUCUCUGUGA